AUGGUGGUUUCAUCUAAACCAAUUCUUGAAAAUUCUUCUCACAUUAAAACAUGCAAACCCUAUACUUCUGAUGAUAAUAUUCCAGUGAUAGACAUGUUAGACCCUCAAGCUAAAUUCCAUAUUAUAAAAGCAUGUCAAGAAUUUGGAUUCUUUAAGGUUGUCAAUCAUGAUGUUCCUAAAGAAACAGUGACCAAAUUAGAAGGUGAAGCUGUUAGGUUCUUUAAUUUGCCGCAGUGUGAGAAGGACAAAGCUGGUCCUGCUAAUCCUUUUGGUUAUGGCAUUAAAAGAAUUGGCACAAAUGGUGAUGUUGGUUGGAUUGAAUAUCUUCUCUUUACUACAAAUACUGAACUCAUUUCAGAAAAAUCCGUUAAUAUUCCUGGAAAUUCUCACCUUUUCUGGUCUGCUCUCAAUGAAUAUGUGUCAGCAGUGAGAAAUAUAGCAUGUCUUGUGUUGGAAAUGAUAGCAGAAGGAUUAAAAAUGGAGCCAAAGAAUGUGCUAAGUAAGCUGCUAAGGGAUCAAAAGAGUGACUCUUGCUUUAGGAUAAAUCACUAUCGACCAUGCACACAACUUGAAACAUUGAGUGGAGGUAGAAAUUUGAUUGGUUUUGGAGAGCAUACAGACCCACAAGUAAUAUCAGUUAUAAGAUCUAACAACACAACUGGUUUGCAAAUCUGCCUCAGAGAUGGGACAUGGGUCUCAGUACCACCUGAUCACUACUCCUUUUCAUCAUUGUGUGAUCUGCAGUAUAAAAUUUCAUGUCUAUAA